AUAAUUCGUAAUAUUUAAGCUUAAGAGCAUUAAUAAAAUAUUUCAUUAUUUAAAAUCUAAAUGUGAAAACGUAGACAGUUUGUGAAUGUUGAAAAUCGAAGAAAAGUUACCAAGUAUUUCAUAGAAAGAGGUGCGAACUAGCUGGAAUGCAAAGUGCAGCAGAGGCAACGUUCGGCAGUGGGUCCCAAACCCCCACCUCAAAUUAUACGAGUAGAGAUUACUUGGUCGGUCGGUUAAUGUGUUGCGAAAAAGUCGAAUAAUUGCGAGAGGAGUGGCGGCUACUGCGUAUGGAUGAGCUAGUUACGCGCAAAACGCAUACAAUUGAAGGACAGAAUGUUGGCUGCCAUUCUCAAAAGAAAAGUUGCAAGAAUAAAACUAAUAGACUAAGGCAGGCAGCAAUAAUAACCGAGUAAUCACGACGCAAAAUAAUCAAUACACUAAAAGCAUUAUGAGCGAAAAGGAAGUUGUAAAAAAAUUAUUUUGAUAUAAAAUGAAAUUUGAAAAAGAAUUGUAUUUUUGGUUUGUAAAGGAAAGAGAAAAAAUAAACGAGAAAGUGGUGGACAACAUAAUACAGAAAGUAGAAGUGAAAUAAUUAGGAUACGAUCAAAAUUGCGGAGUGUAAAUCGAAAGGUGACUAUAAAGAUACGUAGGAAACAAAGCAAUUCGAAUCACAAGUGAAAGAGAAAAACGAAAAAAUAACAAACAGAAAAAGCACCGGAAAAGAGGCAUAUGAAAGUUUAAAUACAGUGAAGUGAAAAGAAGAAAUAUGAUAAAGCAAAAUUGUGAAGAAAAGCUGUUAUGUGCAAUAAAGGUGCUGGCUCAGUAAACGAAGCAAAACGAUAGUAGUAGAUAGACUGAAGUUAUUUUUUUGUUUUUAUAUUACAUUGUGUGUGUGAGAAAUUAAAGAAAGAAGCAAAGUAAAUAAAAGCAAAUGUGCAAGAAAGCAGAAAAGUUGAUUAAAUCGAGCAAAUUCAACUCUAAACGACGAAAGUAACUAAAAACAUAUAAAUAUUAAUGCCGACAAAUACAAUAUACAAGAUCAGAGAUAUUAUUACAGAGUUUGAAAAGAAAACCAAAGUGUGCUUAGUGCUUGUGAACAUCAAUUCACAUUCAAUGCGCCUUAGUGCAUAUUUUUGAUGCUUCCUGACGAGAGAUAUAAGUAUGUAUAUGUAAUAAAAACGAAGCAAAAUAUAAACAUAAAUUUAAAACGUAACAAUCGUUAGUUUGCGCUUAAAUUUAUUUCACCCUUGCACUACCAGUUUGCCAAUUUCUAGGCGGGUUUGUCAGAAAGACAAACUGCCUCUAAUUGACUGCCAAACAGUCUAAUAGGCCAGGCGGUCGGCUCAAUAAAUUGAGGAAGAGAUUGAGGAAUCAAUUCAUAUUGUUGACAAAGUAAGGUCGAUCAAUUUGAAAUUUAAAAUAUCUACUAGUAACAACAACAACGAUUACAAAAUUUGACUAGCUGUAAUAACAAAUAGUAAAAACAAAAAAAUAUUCAAAAUGUCUUCUUUGGACGUGCGCAACAACUCGGCGGUGAUGAAGCGGGCGGAGCAACUUAAGCGUUGGGAAGAGUCAGACACAAAUCGUCAACCUCCAACACCACGUCCCGAACGUGGACGCAAAAUAAAAUUCUCUUCAGGUUGUGUCUUUCUUGCAGCCUGUAUGUCUGGCGAUAAGGAGGAAGUGCUAAAGCUAUUGGAAAGUGGUGCUGACAUAAAUACAGCCAAUGUUGAUGGAUUAACUGCCCUACAUCAGGCUUGCAUUGAUGAUAAUCUAGAAAUGGUUGAAUUUCUAAUCGAACAUGGCGCUGAUAUAAACAGACAAGAUAAUGAAGGCUGGACGCCGCUGCAUGCCACCGCCUCAUGCGGCUUCGUGAGCAUAGCCCGCUAUUUGGUGGAGCAUGGCGCCGAUCCGGCCGCUGUAAAUAGCGACGGUGACUUGGCCGUGGACUUGGCUGUCGAUAUACAACAUUUGGCGAUGAUGGAUUUCAUGCAAAAGGUGAUGACUGAACACAAUAUCGACUGCGAGAAGGCGCGACAGGCGGAGGAGCAGCUAAUGCUGAGUGAUGCCAAGAAAUGGUUGCGCAGCGAUGCGUCCGAAGUGGAUCGGCCGCAUCCGAAAACAGGUGCCACAGCGCUGCACGUAGCCGCAGCAAAGGGCUAUACAAAGGUUAUAAGUUUACUACUCGCCGGUCGCGCUAAUGUUGAUAAACAGGACAAUGACGGCUGGACGCCGUUGCAUGCUGCAUCACAUUGGGGCCAAAAGGAGGCCGCCGAUAUGUUGGUCAAUGCCAUGGCCGAUAUGGAUAUACGCAAUUAUGCCGGUCAGACGUGCAUCGAUGUGGCCGAUCGUAAAAUGGCGAAAUUCUUGGAGGAAUUGCGUAGCACCAGCAACAAACGUGUCAAACGUCGUCCUUCUAGUCAAAUCAGAAUCUCAGAUAAAAUUGAAAAUCACAUUGAUAAUACGCCAACGAAAAUCAUACGAGUGGAAGUGAAAUCGGAUCAGUCAAAGGAUCAAGCGAAUGCUUCCAUAACCGAAAAUGAACUGCCAAUGAUUGAUAGUAGUGAUCAGCUGGAGCCUCAUAAUCUGGCGCGUAUAGCAGAGUAUGAUGAAACUGACUCUGAACUCACCGACUCAACAGAGAGCUCACACUCGACCAGCCUAUCUGAACCUGAAGAUGAGAAAUCAAAACAAUCGCAUGAAACUGUCAAACCAUCCGCCGUUGCUACAACAGACAACCAAACGGUUGAGGAUGAAGCGCCAUGGCGACGCAACAGCUUGGCAAGAGCGCGCACACAAAAUGAAAGUCCAACGAAAAUUCAAGUUCCUGAAAAAGAUGUUAGUAAAACUAACAACACCACAGAGACAUCAGAUGUUAUUUUAAGACGCACUCAGAGCUUCGAGCAUGACGAGAAAUUCUAUCAAAAAUAUCAUGAGCUGCGCGCACGCAUAAAAGCCAAUUCAUGCCCCAUAUUGCCGGCCAAGCAACAACAACUCAAUAAUAGUAACAACAGUAGUAACAGUAAUAGCCAAAAUAACAAUAGCAACAGUAGCAAUAGCAAUAACAACAUCAACAAUAAUAGCAAUAACAGUAACAAUAUUAAUAACAGUAAAAGUAACAUCAACACCAACAUUAUCAAUAAUCCCACAAGCGCAUUAGGCAACGUUUACACGCCCAUUCCAAAUUAUUCGGUACAAAGAUCGGCAUCACUCAAAGAUCAUAGAAAUUACAGAACCAUUUCGACGAACACGUCGUCCACAUCGAUAACGGCGGCGUACACAACAAGCACACCAACAACAGCUGAUUCGACUACGUCAAUAACGACAACCGGCAGCACCACCACCACACCGUCGACAACUACAACUACGACACCGAUACGCAGAUCCUUUGUGCCACCCGUGCGUGACGAGGAGAGCGAAACCCAGCGCAAGGCACACGCCAAACGCGUGCGUGAGACGCGUCGCUCCACACAAGGCGUCACGUUGGACGAAAUCAAGAGCGCCGAAGAGUUGGUCAAGAAGAAAAACUCAAAUAUGAACAACAACAAUAACAGCAGCAGCAAUGAAACGCAAGUAGCCACAGCAAUAGCAGGAACAAUACCAACAACAUCCGAACAACAAGAAGUUGAAGCUAUUGAGCCGCCACACACGGAACCGUCAGUAGCUGCCACACAAACGCUGCCAACCACAGAAACGCCGCUCGCGUCGCAGAGCCAAAUCGCGGAUGGCGAUGAAACAACGAUCGCAGAGCAACAAGCCAGUCGUGCAGAUUGCACGCCAGCAGAGGAGAGUGAUAGGGAGGAGGAGGAAGAGAAAGAGUGUGAUCAGCAGGAUGAUGAAGCUGCUGUGGACAAUGAUGGCGAGGAUGUUUCCGCCUCUUUCACAAUUGUGGCGCCAACUAGAAAGAAUUCUAGUACGAAGGCAACAAUGCUAGAUGAUACCACAACGGAUGAUGCCACAACCACCGAUGAUAACGAUGAAGAGGUGAGUGCCACAUACACGUUGACACCGCGUCAUUCGUUUGUCGGCAGCGCUGCACCCACCGAAACUGUGGAAACGACGAUAGUGGUCACGCCACCGGAAAUCAUAAUCAAUGAAAGUGAUUUAGAUAGCGAAACGGUACGAAAAAAAGCCGAGACAUAUGAAAUGGAGGAUGAAAAUGUGCCUGAGAAUGCGAACAAGCUUGAGAUUGAUGUCGACGUUAAGAAUGAGAAUGCGGAUGAGUCAAGCGAGUCUGAACAGCAGAACGAGAACGAAGAGGCGACAGAAAUAGCAAAUUUAAGCAAGGUCGAAGAUGUGCAGGCCGUGCUAGAGGCGGACGAUGAAGAAGAAUUGCUAGAAGAGAAGGCGGUGGACGCCGAAGAGGAGGUGGAAUCAGAUGAUAGUGAAAUUGUUGAAAUUAACGAGUUUGAAAAUGAAAAGACUGAAAGCUCUGCCACCAAAGAGUUGGCUACUAAUGAAAUAAGCGCUCCUAAAUCACACAUAUCCACGGGCAACAGCUCAGUCGAGUUACCGUCAGUUACACAAACUGAACGUGCACGCCAUAACACAUUAAUUCCAUUGCCGCUGGUUGGCGUGGCGUCAACUAGUGUGGCGCAUGCCACAGAUGCUACACCGGCCACGCCCACCAGCACGAGCGCGAAUACGCCCACACUCGAAAGUCCUGUGCGCUUGCGCGACAAGCGUAUACCUUACGACCCGGACAGCAACAAUGCCUUAACGUUAGCCGAACGCCUACGUUACGAAGCGAGCAAAUACAGCGCUGUCGGCGAUAGUGACGAAUCGUCGUCAUCGUCGACGGUCGUUAGUAAAACACGUUCACUACCACCAGCGUCGCUGGCAAGUGAUGCCGAUGCCAUCAAUGAGCUAUCAACAAAUUACGGUAAAAUUUCACUCAGCAGUCGUCGCAGCUUGGACUCAUCCUCACUGUCAUUGCACGGCAACAACGAGAGCCAAGCAGCUCAGGCGUCAUCUAAUGACACCCAAACCUUACAAAGUGCUAUCAGUAGUAUUAGUAGUUGUAGUAGCGGUAGCGGUACAGCGUUUGUGGCAACUACAACAACAGCGACGGCGCCGAGCAGCAGCAACAGUAGCAAUAAUAGUACAAUGGCUGAGCGACGUCCUUCUUGGCGUUUGAAAUUCGAUGCUGGCUGUAAGUUCAAAUUGGAAGAUGCAUCGAGUGGGAAUACAUUUCCGCCAAAUAACAGCACAAUUAUACCGAGCGCGCCAGCUGUUAUUGCCGCUGCCAAUUUAUCGUCAACCAUAUCACAACGGCGCAUCAACAGUAAUUCAUUGAACUCGUCGAAUCAGUCGUUGAACUCAAUUGGACGACCUGUGUCCGCACCAGUCAAUGCCACCACAUCCACCACAUUACUCAGCAAUGAUACUCACAGCGAGGGUGUUAGCAUUUUCGGCCGACGACUCACCGGUGGCAGCACCAAUAGCACUUAUAGCAGCAGCGCCACAACCCCAGCAGCUACCACGACAACGUCUACUGCAUCCACAACAACAGCUAACGUCACAGCCGCCACGGCUAAUUCGGCGUCUAAAACUAACGACGAUAAAGAUAAUGACAAAGAAAAUGAUAACCGCAAUUUGGCUGCUCAAUCGGCUAUACAACGAAGAAGGAAACCAAAACGAAGAUCCACCGGCGUUGUGCAUAUCGAUAUGGAUGAGCUCGAUCCAGAGCGGCAAGAUUCAGCAAACGAUGCGGAAGAGAAAGAUAAGGAGAAAGAGAGUGGCGGUGAGCGCGGCGCAUCGCGUUCACGUUUGAGCAGCACCACUAAUGCCAACACCAACGCAAACUCCACGACAGACGAGAAUAAAGCACGUGAUAGGUCAGAGAAUGGCGAAGCCAUCGACUACAAGGCUCUAUGGGAGGCUGUAAAAUUGGAGAACGACAAGCUCAAACAGCAGCUUAAGAAGAAAGAUGAUGAAAUCGUACAAAGUAGAGCAACACUCGAAAGAUUUACAAACGCAACAACUAAAAACUCACUCUCAGAGCUUGAAAAACGCGAAAGGAGAGCAAUGGAACGCAAACUUUCCGAAAUGGAAGAAGAGUUAAAGCAAUUGGAAGUUUACAAAACGGAGAAUCAACGCCUUAAAGAGGAAAACGGAGCGCUAAUUAGAGUAAUUAGUAAAUUAAGUAAAUGAAAUUAAUUUUAAAUUAAAUUUACAGAGUUACAAUGCAAAUUUAAUGUUAAUUUGAAAAGAACAAAUAACAAAAAAAAAAAAAAAAAACAACAACAAAAAUCCUAAAAACCAACUGACUUCGUUAUGGAACGUGUAGAAAACCGUUAUUAUUUUCUAAAAUACAAGCAAAAACAAAAAAUACAAAAUACUACAUAAAGCAGCAGCAUAGCGAAAUGUUCUUACUACGUACGAGUGUAUUUUAAAAUGAAAACAAAAAAACACAAAAACAACAACAAAUGUAGCUGCGCCUGUAGAAAAAUUUGUGCUUGUGUAUGUGCCGCUUUGGCUGCAGCAUAAUUUUGAUUGUAAAUUAAUUAGAAGGAAAAAUGCAAAAAUGCAAAAACAAAAACAAAAACACUAAAAUGUUUUAUUACACUUUAUGACUGUUUUAAGUUUUAUUAUUAGCCUAGUGUCCAACCACUGCGUUAAAAUAUUAUCAAAUAUACAUAAAUAUAUAUAUAUAUAAAACAAAAUAUACGUACACAUAUACAUACAUAUAUAUUAAUUGUUUGGAGUUUUUAAGAGCGUUUAGGCGAUAGUACACCACACACACAUAUACAUGCAUAUAUAUAAAGAAAGAAACAGUUAAACAUGCAUACAUACAUAAAACAAUCACACGGAACAUACACUACAAAAAAUAUAAAAAAAUUAAGAAAACAUGUUUAGCAUAUUAAUAUUAAAUUUACAAAACGGACCUAUACAAAAACAAAAAACAAAAAUAAAAUAAUAUACAUGCAUACAUGCAUACACACUUGUUUAAAAACUAUCGAUAUAUGUGUAUGUAAUAUUAAAAAAACAAUAACUAUGUUAACACUAUGACUUAGCGCUUACGGUAAUAACACCCACACACACACACGCAUACACAAACCAAUUCAAAUGUAACAUUAUACUAUAUACAUAAACAUACUAUAUAUAUUAGAUUCAGUGAUCAACGGAAUUUCAAUAUUUCAAAUUAAAUCAUUUUUAAUGUUUUCAUAAUAAAAAAAAUAAAUCAGUUGUUAAUUUAUUAUACGCAUUUGUGUGAAUAAUUAAAGAAAAAAAAUAAAAUAAUUAUUUAUAAACACCGAAACAUACAUACGUGCAUAUUCAUUGCAUUAUUUGCAUACCACCAACAUUGCUGCGUACAUCAAUGACUAUUUAAUAGCAUACAUAAAUAAAUACACACUUACACACAUACAACACAGAAAUAAAAAGUAAAAACAAAAUAUAUAUUUUUCAUAUUUAUUAAAAGUCUAAAUAAUGAAUAUUAGCAAUAUAUACACUUACAUAGAUGUUUACAUUCGUAACUAGGUUCUUGGAAAACAAACAUUUUCAACGGAUCGGCAGUGAAGGGCGCAAUUGUAGGGUGCGAUGUUAACGGAAUUUUAACAGCUCGAUUGAAAUGGAAUUUGGAAGAUCGGGUUUUUAAAUUAAAAAAAAAAUUAUUAUUUUUUUUUUGAGAAUAAUAAAAAAAAUUUACGCUAAACGUUUAACGGUUAAUUUGAAUUCUAAUCAGCUGAAAGCUCAGUUAGUUUUUAAAUAAAAAAUUAAUUUAAUUUUAUCAGCGCGAAUAAGAAUGGAAUAUGAAAGCUCAUUUUUAUCAAAUUAUUUAUACAGAUUUUACUGAUUAAAUUAAAUUUUUGCAUUUUUUUUUUUAAAUCAAACUAAUUUUUUUUAUGCCUCCGAUAACUCUGAGAGCUUAAACUAAUAUUUUACAAUUUUUUGUUUUUUCUGCAAACAGAGCUGAUAAAUAUUUCAUAAUCUUGUACCCAUCGCGUCUUUCAUUUUCUAGUUUUGAGCAUUUCACUAAAAAAAAGUAAUAAGAAACUGCUCCGCAUUGCCGAAACUGAAAUGUUGUAGUAUUAGUGUAAAGUAUGAGUAGUUAAACUAAAUUUUUCAAAAAAAAAAAAAAAAAAAAAUCAAAAUAAAUAAAAAUUAAAUUUAAAAUCAAACAAAA